AUUCCGAGCUGAUUACUGUUAACGUUUUAAUGAUUUUUGUCCGCUCGGUCUCCUUGAUGAGUUUCACCUGAGGAAAAGGACUCCUUCAGGUGUGUGAACUUGAGCCACUAGGUCCAACCCCUUUGGCAGGUGCUGGUACAGACGACUGAAAUCGGAGGAAGAUCAGAAAUCUUCAAAACCCAGAGCAGCAGAUGUCUUAACGGUCCCGAAACGUUCUUUGGUUCUUUGCAGUCAACAUUCACGGGUUAAGAAGCUUGCAAUGCCAUGACGGGUUGAGGUUGCAUUUCUGGACGCUGCUUACUCCCGCUUCCUUCCAUCUGUUUCAGGCAAAUCAUUAUGCAGUUCUAAUUAGAACAAUCUUCUAAACACUCUCUCCAGAGCGACGUUCUUCCAAACACGGUUUAAGCAGGCGAGAGACACCUGCCUAGGACCCUACGCGUCUAGAAGUCUCUCCCAGUGAAUUGGGUCUCAUCUCCUGCCGAGUACGCAAGUUCAAUUACUGGCAGAUUAGGUUUCUACUCUCCGUGCCCCGCCCCGCGCCAUCCUGGGGAGCAGCGGGAAUAAAUGAUCCGCCCCUGGCCGGUGCUCACCCGACUGGCCAGAGCGCAGCCCGGUGACCGAAGCGCGCGGGGCGAUCGCGAGGCACCCCCUCCCUCUCCCCGCGCCGCCUCCAGCGCGAGUGACAGCGCGCCCUCCGGGCUCCGGAGCGGCGGCGCCGAACAAUCCCGGGCAGGGCUCGCCUAGCCGGUGACAUCACUCCUGAAGAUACUCCUCGCUCCCAGCGCCUGCCUUCCCCAGGCGUCCGUCCGUGUGCCCGUCUCCGCCUUUCCGCCUCCGAAGAGCGCUCAUCACUGGCUGGAGACAGAGCCGGGCACCAAGGAGCGACAGGAUCCCGAGGAGAGAGAGAGAAGGCAGCGAGGCAAGGAGGACCCCGGCAGGCAGCAGCAUGAAAUUCAGCCCAGCGCACUACCUGCUGCCUCUCCUGCCCGCGCUGGUCCUCAGCACCAGACAGGACUAUGAAGAGCUAGAAAAGCAGCUGAAAGAAGUCUUUAAGGAGCGAAGCACCAUUCUUCGUCAGCUGACAAAGACAUCAAGAGAACUUGAUGGAAUUAAAGUCAAUCUUCAGUCCUUAAAAAACGAUGAGCAUUCUGCCAAAAUUGAUGUUCAGAAACUUCUGGAAUUAGGACAGAAACAAAGAGAAGAAAUGAAGUCUCUUCAGGAGGCCCUGCAAAAUCAGCUUAAGGAGACAUCAGAGAAAGCAGAAAAACACCAGGCUACUAUUAACUUUUUAAAGACUGAAGUUGAAAGAAAGAGCAAAAUGAUCCGAGACCUCCAGAAUGAGAAUAAAAGCUUGAAAAACAAACUCUUGUCAGGAAACAAGCUCUGUGGCAUUCACGCAGAAGAGUCAAAAAAAAUCCAAGCCCAGCUGAAGGAGCUUCGUUAUGGGAAGAAGGAUUUAUUAUUUAAGGCGCAGCAGCUUACUGAUCUGGAACAAAAAUUAGCUGUAGCCAAAAAUGAACUGGAGAAAGCAGCUCUUGACAGGGAGUCACAGAUGAAAGCAAUGAAAGAGACUGUGCAGCUCUGCUUGACAUCCGUUUUCCGUGAUCAGCCUCCUCCCGCUUUGAGUUUAAUCACGUCAAAUCCAACUCAGAUGUUACUCCCACCCAGGAAUAGUGCCUCUAAGCUUCCAGAUGCAGCGGCCAAAAGCAAGCCUCAACAAAGUGCUUCUGGAAACAAUGAGAGCUCUCAAGUUGAGUCAACAAAGGAAGGAAGUCCAAGUACCACUGCCUGUGACUCUCAAGAUGAGGGCAGAACCUGUUCAAUCAAGCACAAAGAAAGUCCCCCAAGUAAUGCCACUGCAGAAACCAAGCCUAUCCCACAGAAAUUGCAAAUGCCUCCUUGCUCUGAAUGUGAGGUGAAAAAAGCCCCAGAAAAACCAUUGACCAGCUUUGAAGGGAUGGCAGCUAGAGAAGAAAAAAUAUUGUAAAUACUAAGAAACUGUGUUAAAAACGUCCAUUUGCUAUUGUCUUCAUACUCUUUUUAGACCACAAGCUUGAUGGAAAUGCUAAGUUUCUAAAGCAUGCAACUUUUUCACAAUUUUAUGUAACUUUAUA